AUGGUGCAUCGUUCUGCGCGGUCUUCCCGCCGGGCCAAGUCUCAGAUCGUCCACCAAGACGGGUUCGAGGUGUGCCCAGAGGUCUUGGCGAUCCUAGGUCCAACACUGGCUGAUAGGAGCCCUCGACACGCGGCGAGGCUUUAUGAAAUUGAGGUAUCGAACCGCAUUUCCUGCAGCGGUCCACAAGGGCCAGGGCAGCCUGAGCCGCAUGUGGAUUCUAGCAUCAGAAGGCCUGCCAACUUUGCAGAAUUUGAACUUCAGGUGACCUACGCUCCGACCUGA